GACGCCAUGUAGGAUGAAGUAGUGGGUCAGGUCAGGUGGCAGAAAUGGUGGGUCCCAUUAAAAAAAUCAAAAUUUGGGUGAAAAUAAAGGAAUUAUUUGGCUCUGUUUCUCAUUCAUCUCGCCAGGUGGCAGAAAAAGGUUGUUUCUGAAUUCUCUGGAGAAGUUGAAAUCGGAGCUGCCAGUACUAGUUUGGAAGGGGGAGCUGGAUUGUAACUCAUUGCAGAAGCAUUUGGUCCAUUGGUCGAGCAAAAUUUUCCGACGGCGGAUUCCCUAUGCAGCCGGAAAGAUGGAUCAGUGCAGAUCUGAAAUGUGAAUUACGGAGCUCCAUGGCGAAGAGAGCCGCUGUGAAAGCCAAGAUCCAACGAGAACCCAGUAAGGAAGCCAUUAUCAAUACGCGAUAACUACUUGCUGAUUGAUUACUAGAACACGAGCAAACCCAAUCCACCACUUAAUUGGAACUUGGAAGCAAAUAGAUUUUGAAAAUGAUUAAUCGCUUCUCCCUACUAUGUCUUUUUACAGUCUGUUGCUUUAAAGUGAUGGUAUCGCCAUGGUUUGGAAAAGGGAAUCCUAAAACAGAGAAUGGAGAUGAGAUGGCAUUUGCUUGCCGCUUCCGAUUACUACAGAUCUUUAGUUGCAGGAUUGUUUCCAGAAUUUUACAGCUAAGAGAGUCUUGGAACUAGCUGGGGUUCUGAGUUCUCUUAGUCUUAGGCGAAGACCAAGUUUUUCUAUCAAACCCCCUGUUGCAUCUACGGGAAGGGUCCUAUGGUCUGCAGUUGUAAUAAUUAACCUUUGGAGGGAGAGAUGUAGAAGGAAAUUUGCAGGUAUGGAGAUGACUGUGUUUGUGUUACAGCAGCAGAUACAAGAUGAAGUCGGGCUAUUGGUUGAUGAUGUUGAGAUUGCUCGGCGGUGGAGGCAGGGGAACCGAAGGAGAGAGCGACGGAGGAGAACGGUGUCACAGGUGGAGAAUGAGGGAGAGAGGAAAGGAGUCGAAAGAACGGGUUCUUCAAGUGUUUGACCAAUAUUUCAUCGGUCUGAGUCUCGGUUGGCUUCAAAUAUUAAAUUAGAUUUGUUAGUUUAUUAUUGUUUUGAUGAUGUAAUGUUGACAAGAUAAAUUUAGCAGAAAUUUGGACGGACGGAGAAUGAUGAAGUUUUGACAUGCGUUUUAGAAUUUUGCUACCGAUUCGUUAUAAGUUAAAGAUUUGUAAUCAUUUUGUGACGGUUAAUGAUAAUUACCCAUUUUAUUACUCUAUCCUGUAAACAGUAAGUCACUCCUCAUCGACCACAGCCGGUUGAUUGUUGACCGUCCCGUAGAAUUCCCGCCUCCUACAAAACAAAGAGAACCAAUACAUAUGUUUCUGUGGGACAGGAGCUUAAUAUGGUAAGUAAAAGUGGCAGAACAGAGUUGCUAACUUGCCAUCGGAGUUGUUUUGAAAGGAACAAGUAGUAGCUACUAGCUAGCCAUAUCAGACAGCAUUUACGAAACAGACAUUCUUGGCAGUUCAUUUCAUUCUCUUCUUCUUCUCUUCUUUUCCUGCGAGCUCCUUUCUUCUCUGUUUUUCACGAAAAAUGUCUGAUGCAGCUGAGAGUCCGGAUUUGAAAAACCGGCACUCUGACUUAGCGUCGGGUCUUUCAGGACCGCUGAUCUUCCUGAUAGUCUUCGCCUGCGUCGUCGUUUUGGGCCUAGGGUGCUGGCUUGUCUACCACUUUUUCUUACGGCAGCAGCAGCAGCAGGUUCAGGGCGGGGACCUGAACCCGGACCCUGCAGGGGUCGCAGCAGAGCUCGAGCUGGUCUCCUCCUCUGAGGAGAGGAGCUUCGCCGACGUGGCGAUGGGCUCCAGAGCGAGCCCGGACUGCCCGAUCUGCUUGGAGCAGUUCGGCCAGUCGGAGACCGUCUUUGUCCUCCCCACCUGCCAGCACGUGUUUCACCGUGCUUGUGUGGCAGGUUGGGUAGUACAGAGACGGCGGACAGGUCCGCUGACCUGUCCGCUUUGCCGUCAGGGUUUGGAGAUCGCAGCACCAGCCGCCACCUGAUCGUGUUUUAGUUGGAAUGCUACUUCUUAGGAAAUGCUAAUUGUAGGACUAGCUAGAGCUAGGGGAAUCAAAGUCAGUUCGUCAGAGUUAGUACUUGAAUAUGGUGGGUCUGUUCUGAUUUUAGUUUGAUGCAGUGCUUAAUUGCUUGUAAUUAAAGAAAAGCUAGUCUUGUUA